AGAGAAGGGCGCGAGAUAGAAAUCAAGGAGCGCGGACUCUGCGGCCGCUCCGCUGCUGCUGCUCUCAGGCUGUAAACCAGCUCAACACAGCCGCGCUGAGCCUCCAUCUCCACCUCGGGCCACAGGAAAGGCACUGAAAACGCCGAAUACAACGAUAUUACACGGAAUAUUCUCGCACAUGACGAGCAGCGGCGGCAGAAAAACUCACCGUCUGAACGUAAACAACAGAAACAGAGGGAAAUGUCUUGGUGGCCGCGCGGUGAGGAUGGAGAGGAGGCCCUGCAUCAAGACACUGAUUCUGAUGUGGCAGAGCAGAGGGACGGUGGAAAACUGAAAGUGAAGUGGACACAAGAGGAGGAUGACUUGCUCAAGGCACUGGUUCAAAAACUUGGACCCAAUGACUGGAAGUACAUAGCCAGCAACAUACCAAGUCACACUGAACACCAGUGUCAGCACCGUUGGUUUAAGGUUUUGGAUCCAGAAUUGGUUAAAGGUCCCUGGACCAAAGAGGAGGAUGAGAAGGUCAUAGAGCUUGUGAACCUCUACGGCAACAAACAGUGGGCCAUGGUAGCCAAGCAUCUCAAAGGCAGACUGGGGAAGCAGUGCAGAGAGCGCUGGCACAACCACCUCAAUCCCAACGUUAAGAAGUCAUCGUGGACAGCUGAGGAGGACCUCAUCAUCUACAAGGCUCACUGCCUGCUUGGAAACCGCUGGGCCGAGAUUGCAAAGCUGCUCCCCGGAAGGACGGACAACGCAGUGAAGAAUCACUGGAAUUCAACCAUCAAACGCAAGUUAGAGAUGGGCUUCUACGCCGGGGAGGUCUUUAGGCCAAAUGAACUUGAGGAGCUGUUGGCUCGUGUUAAUAAAGACAUGCAGAUGUCCAGCUGCUCUCAAGACGGUUUAGACAAGGAUGUAGAGCAGAAACCCCAUCCUUCGUUGCAGGAAAUGUUGGUUGCUGAUAAAGCUGGUCCCACUGAAGCUGGGCCGUCAAAGCCUGUCUCCUCUCCAAAGGACAGUUUAAGCCUCAAGACUGAACCAGACACCUCAGGAGAAGUCAGCUGCACCAACUGGGUGGUGGACAGCUCAGGUUUUCUCUCUCCUACUGGCCCAGUGCUGAAGGAAGUGCUGGAUAUGGUGGAUGGGGACUUCGAUGGCUGGUGCAACCUUGCAGCCUUCGACCUGCCAGAGGACAAUCCCAGCCCAGAACGCCACCAGUUUCGUCUGGAGGGCAGCGCCUUGCAAGAGCUGAGUAAAGGCAGCAAAGGGGAACUCAUCCCCAUCUCUCCAGGUGGGGUUACGCCUCCCUCCAUACUGAACCGCAGAAGCCGGAGACGCAUCGCCUUGUCUCCAGACGGCAAUAAUUCCAUGACACCGAAGAGCACGCCUGUCAAAAUCUUGCCCUUUUCUCCAUCUCAGUUCCUCAACAUGUGGACCAAGCAGGACACUCAUGACCUGGAGAACCCGUCCCUCACUUCCACACCAGUAUGCAGCCAGAAAGCCAUUGUUACCACACCGCUACAGCGGGACAAGACCCCCCUCACUCAGAAGGAAAACUCUGUAUUUGUUACACCUAACCACAAGUCUGAGCUCUGUACGUCUCCACGCACUCCAACACCAUUCAAAAAUGCCAUGGAGAAGUACGGUCCUCUGCAACCUCUGCCUCAGACUCCGAAUCUUGAAGAUGACAUAAACGAGGUCAUCCUAAGAGAUGCAGGGAUCAACUUGGUCGUUGUACGUUCAACGCCACCUGAGCAAAGGCGCAAAACCAUGCAUCGUCCUCCUAUGAAGAAAGUGCGUAAAUCACUGGCUCUAGAUGUCAUAGACUGCCAAGUGAUGCCCGCAUCUAAACGCAAAUCUGUCAAAACUGAAGCCAAGCACACCAUCAAGGAAGAACCUGUGAUAGUUUCUGUCAGUUCCUCUUCGUUUUGCAGUAAGCGGCAUGAAAAUAUUUUGGAUCAGGGCUUUCUUUUGGGACCCAGCGACAGUGCGAUAUUUUCUAGCACAGCUCCUCCAGUUCCAAUGUCAAAAGAAUGGGAGACGGUUGUUUGUGGGCAAACUAAAGACCAGCUUAUAAUGACGGAGAAAGCAAGACGCUAUCUUCGCUCACUGAAGUCCCACGCUCCCAACCGGGCUCUGAUUUUGUCCUGACAUGUAUCAAGUUUACACCAACAUGUUACACAUACAGAACUUAAUGUUGUUGUUUUUCCCUAAAUUUUUGCUGGGGUAAUUUGUGGUGAAGAAAAGGACAUGUCAUGUGUCGGGGUUAGUACAGUGUCUGACCAAGUAAUUAGCAAUCAAACCAUUGACAUAAUAUAGCUCUGCCACUCAUUUCAGAGAUAAUGGUGCUUCUAGAUUUAGACUCACUCCGACAAGUUUGUGACAUUUCACUGAUUUAUAGUUGUUUCAGUGUGUUUGAACAAUGAAUGUAAGAAAGAAAAAUCAACGUUAGAUACCUUUGCUGUCACUGAAAAGACAUGGUUUUACAUUACAUAAUGUAUCUGUAAUUUAACAGUGUUUUAAAAUUGUGAACUGUACAAACACUCAGGUUGCACCUCCUUCAUUUAUCACUUAUCUUAAUAUGAAGUAGUCUGAUCAGUAAUAUGCUGAGAGCUAAUUGUCUUGUUGUAGUAUCUGUUUAGCAUGUGUAUAGAUUUACAAUAUACAUCUCAGUACACAUUCGAAGUUAGGUUCCUGCACAGGGAAAUGAGGCAUUCGCUGACAAUACAAUAGUGACAAAAAUCAAUAAUUCAUCAAAGUGACUUACUUAAGAUCAAAAAAAAUUACGAUUACAACUGGGAAGUUGUUUUAUUCUGCAGUAGCCUUGUAGCUGAGAAUUUGUGGAUGCAUGACAUCAACACUGACUUUUGAUGGCAGGGGUAUUGUGUAAUUUGGCACUGUUUGUAAAUAUUUUGUGUUGUAUGCUUUUACUCUAUCAUACAACAUUUUGCCAUGGAAGUCAAUAAAUCUCAAAAUGUCUAAUGCA